AUGAACACGGAUACUACGAACGCGUUUACAGGGAGAUGCAGCUUUUACUUACCCCAGCGAACCGCACUUGAGUCUUCCCUAAAGAUAUCCGACAAGAUCUCCAAGUCGCGUAUCUCAGGGAUCACCACCGAGCUUGAUCAAGCAUUGUCUAAAGUGGAAAACCUAGAGAUGAACCUAGGUGGUUUCGAGGUCUUCCUAGACGAAACAAACGACGAGCUAAAGGCACUCCAAGAACGCCAUCAAGACGAGUUGGACCUCCUAGCCACCGACAGCCAAUCCAAGACGCACCACCUCCAACAAGUCCAUUCACGCGAGAUACAUCUUCUCCAGUCGGAACAUCAGCGCAAUUCCAACGACCUAGCCGACGACUACAAGAUGUUCAUGCUAGACUCCGAUAGCCGGUUCUCGAGCGAGAUCUACGACCUAGAAGUCGAGCACGGCACCGAGUUGGCGCAACAGCUCGCCCAGCAACGCCUAGAACUCACGGAUGCGCAUGAAGCGCAGCUGCACCAAGAGAAGUUGGAUGUUUCUCGGGCUCGAGCUGAUGCGGCCGAGUUUACGAGAGACCUAGAAAGCACCCACGUUGAGCUUGAGAAGACUAUCUUGCUCAACAACAAGCAUGUUGGUCUACUCAAAGACAAUCGUGAAAUAAACCAGCGUAAUAAACCAACUACACCAAAACUUCAAAAUCCUGUCCUUGACAACUUGUCCUCGCCUCCGACUCUAACUUACAAAUAA